AGCCGUUGAAACAUUAAGAUCAAAUGCUUUCUAAGCUACCCGCCAACGUCCCAUCUCACCUGAGCCUUCGGUUCUUGAAAAUUUACUGCAAUUCCGGCGAUUUACAACGUGCCCGUCGCUUGUUCGACCAAAUUCCCCAUCCAGACCUCCGUGCAUGGACCGUGCUAAUUUCAGGCCACACGCGACAUGGGUUUCCAAAGGAAUCUAUAAAGCUUUACACUUCAUUGAGAGGUCGGCACAUUGUUCCCGAUAAUCUUCUUCUUCUCUCGGUUGCUAAGGCGUGCGCGUCUUUGGGUGAUCUCAGAAAUGCUAAAGAACUUCAUGAUGAAGCAAUUCGAUUUGGGUUUCAUUCAGAUAUCGCUUUGGGUAAUGCCAUGGUUGAUAUGUUUGGAAAAUGUAAAUACGUUGAUGGGGCAAGGCAGGUUUUUGAUGACAUGCCGGCCAAAGAUGUGGUUUCAUGGACGUCUUUGUGUUCUUGUUAUGUAAACUGUGGGCUGCCAAGAGAAGGUUUGGUGGCUUUUCGGGAGAUGGGUUUGAAUGGAGUGAGACCCAAUGCGGUGACUGUGUCUUCAAUCCUGCCUGCUUGCUCAGAAUUGAAAGAUUUGAAUUUGGGCAGAGAGAUUCAUGGGUUUGUGGUCAAACAUGCAAUGGAAGAGAAUGUAUUUGUUAGCAGCGCACUUGUCAACAUCUAUGCUAGUUGUCUGAGCAUUAAACAAGCUCAAAUGGUGUUUGAUAUGAUGCCUCAACGAGAUGUUGUGUCCUGGAAUGUACUUCUAACAGCGUAUUUCUCGAAUAGAGAUUGCGAAAAGGGUAUAGCUCUGUUUUGUAGGAUGAGAAGGGAAGGUGUUAAAUUGGAUGGUGCUUCUUGGAAUGCUGUUAUUGGUGGGUGCCUGAAUAAUGGGCAAACUGAACAGGCACUGAAAAUGCUUGAACAAAUGCAAGAAUCAGGAUUUAAGCCCAAUCAGAUAACAAUUACUAGCUUGUUACCAGCUUGCAAAGAUUUGGAGAGCCUGAGAGCAGGCAAAGAGGUUCAUAGUUAUAUCUUUAGAAAUUGUUUGAUGGAAGACUUGGCAACCACAACAGCUCUAGUUUUCAUGUAUGCAAAAUGUGGUGAGUUGGAACUUUCGAGGAGGGUCUUUGAUAUGAUGCCAAGAAGGGAUACAGUUGCUUGGAAUACAAUGAUCAUUGCAAACUCGAUGCAUGGGAAUGGAGAAGAAGCCUUGCUGCUGUUCAGAAAAAUGUUAGACUCCGGGGUGAAGCCAAACUCUGUUACUUUUACUGGUGUUUUGUGUGGUUGUAGCCAUUCGCGGCUGGUUGAAGAAGGCAUCAUGGUUUUUGAUUCAAUGAGGAGGGAUCACUCAGUAGAACCCGAUGCAGAUCAUUAUUCCUGCAUGGUUGAUGUACUUAGCCGUGCCGGUCACCUAGAAGAGGCAUAUCAGUUCAUACAGAGAAUGCCAAUGGAACCUACACCUGGUGCUUGGGGAGCAUUGCUUGGUGCCUGUAGAGUGCAUAAAAAUGUGGACUUCGCGAAAAUUGCAGCAAACAGGCUGUUUGAGAUUGAACCCGAUAACCCUGGUAACUAUGUAUUAUUGUCCAACAUUUUAGUUACUGCCAAAAGAUGGGAAGAAGCUUCAGAAACUAGGAAGUUGAUGAGAGACAGAGGAGUGACAAAAACACCAGGUUGUUCUUGGGUUCAGCUGAGAAAUAGAGUCUACUCUUUUGUUGCUGGUGACAGGAGCAAUGAACGUAGCGAGGAGAUAUACAAGUUUUUGGUUGAGAUGGGUGAGAAGAUGAGAUUGGCAGGGUAUGUGCCCAACACAGAUUUUGUUCUGCAAGAUGUGGAUCAAGAGGAGAAAGUGGGGAUCCUUUGCAACCACAGUGAGAAGCUUGCUGUUGCUUUUGGGAUACUCAAUUUGAAUGGUGAAUCGACAAUUCGGGUAUUUAAGAACUUGAGGAUAUGUGGUGACUGCCAUAAUGCCAUCAAGUUCAUGGCCAAGAUUGUUGGUGUGCAGAUUAUAGUCCGAGAUUCGUUGAGGUUUCACCAUUUCAAAGAUGGAGAUUGUUCUUGCAGAGAUUUUUGGUGAUUUUCAGUAUCCAGGUUACUGUGUUGAAUGAUGUAAAUCAAUUGGAGCAAUGCCAUCCAAAGUUCUAAACGCCAAAGGGCCUGGAUGGAUGCGUGGACUGAUUUA